UUCCGAGCGAAACUAUACAGCCGGACACAUCGUUCCACCACCAAACAGUAUGAUCGCCCACACUGCACUGGCCCUCGCGGCCCUCCCCCUCGCGCUCGGCCAGGUCAGCGAGGGCUUCGAGAGCGGGUGGGACAAGACGGCGUGGCCGACGUAUGCACCGGACUGCAGCCAGGGCGGCAGCGUCAGCCUGGACUCGACGACUGCGCACAGCGGCAAGAACUCAAUCCGCGUCAACGGCGCCGGCGGCUACUGCGGGCACAUCUUUGUGGGCACGACUAAGGUGCCGAGCGGCGACGUCUACGUACGCACGUGGCUCAAAACAUCCAAGGCCUUCACCGACUCGCACGUCACCUUCAUCACCAUGCCCGACGCGGCCCAGGGCGCCAAGAAGCACCUGCGCAUGGGCGGGCAGAGCCGGAUCCUCAUGUUCAACCGCGAGUCGGACGACGCGACGCUGCCGGACCUGUCGCCGCAGGGCAUCGCGACGUCGGCGCCGCUGCCGGCUAACUCGUGGCAGUGCGUCGAGUACCACCUGGGGCCCGACGGCACGCUCGAGACGUGGCUCAACGGCAAGGCCGUGGCGGGGCUGACGAGCAAGGCGGGCGUGGCCAACCCCAACGCGGCGCAGUGGCAGCGGAGCAGCAUCAAGCCCAAGGUGUCGGCCAUCUACUUUGGCUGGGAGUCGUACGGAGGGGACACAAACACGUUUUGGUACGACGACAUUGUGGUCAGCUCGACGCGGGUGGGGUGCACCUGAUGUAGUCUAUGAGUGCUAUUCUCUGUCUAUCUGUCUCCAUCUCGCGCUUC